CUGUAUAUACAUGAGUAGACACUCGGACAGAGGAGUUGUGUGUGGAUUGUCUUGCACUGAGUCGGGCAGAGAUAUGUACUGUGCUCAUCCUGUCUCUGGAAAAGGCAACAACAACAACAACUCAUUGAUGUACUGCUACAACAUGAAAUCAGUUUAUGGGCAGUCUCCCACAAACGAUGACAUCAACCAGAACUUAUCUUCACAUCCAUCCAACAAGGCCGCCACUGGUGUGUUCGCGAGCACCUUCUUUGAGGGAAUGAGCAAUUCGCCCGACAUCUGGAAUGCUGUAAAUGGGCUGAACCAGCAGGGCUAUGAAGGUGCACUGGGAGCAGCCACAAUCCACCAAACACAGCCAGGGAGCUACAGCAACCUGCAACCACCACACAGUCACCUGGACUAUGCUUCACAUGCAGUGAUGGCUCCUGAUAUGAACAGGGCUCUCCCACCCAUGUCCACUUUUCACCGCAACUGUACGACACCGCGCACGCCAUCCGUCAACGCCUCAGAGAAUUCAACAGGGAGAGAGGGAAAUGUCUCAGGAGGGUCACAGACGGGCGCUACCCUGGGCAAAGCUCUGGCCUCUAUUUAUUCCCCUGAUCACACCAGCAGCAGCUUCCCCUCCAGCUCAUCCACGCCAGUGAGGACUCCAUCUCCACUGCCGAACUCGGCUGAACCUGCAGGCACCAACAUGUGGCCCCGGAGUUCAGUACAAGCAUCCGUCUCCCCGCACUACGAGUCUUCUCUCAUAUCAAUGUCUCAGGUGGAGGACCGGCUGGACCGACUUGACGAUGUGAUCCAUGUCCUAAGGAACCACGCCGUUGGCCCCACAGCCAGUCUGCCUGCUGACAUCCACGGCCUGCUGAACCAGACCCACCACGGCCACCAGGGCUCUGCCAACACUCUGCAGCUCACCUGUCACACUCCAGCCAUGGUCGAUGCUGUGAAUAUGAACAGCAACCACUCAGUCUUCCAGAGCCGCACACAGAAUGGCCAUCCAUACCCAGCCAGAGAGAGGGUCACACUUGAGCCUAUGCAAGGAGGUCUAGGAAUUCAGGGUAACGUGGAGCUGAAGAUGGAGAGCAGGGAGAGGGAAGAGAUGAUGCACACCAACCACAGUCACAGCUCCGACAGCCAGAGAUCCGACGACGAGAGCGAACUUAAAGCGCAAGAAGACAACAGCGCAAGGGAGAGUGCCCAUGAAGAUGAGGACCUGAGUCCAGAGCAGAAGGCUGAACGGGAGCGUGAGAGGAGGAUGGCCAACAACGCCCGAGAGCGUCUGCGCGUGCGUGACAUCAACGAGGCCUUCAAGGAGCUCGGUCACAUGUGUCAGCUACACCUGAAGAGUGAGAAGCCGCAGACCAAACUGCUGGUGCUGCACCAGGCCGUGGCAGUGAUCCUCAGUCUGGAGCAACAAGUCAGAGAGAGGAACCUUAACCCCAAGGCAGCGUGUCUGCGGAGGAGAGAGGAAGAGAAAGCCUCUGCCGUCAUGACAGAUCCACAAUCGAUGCAUCUGGCUUUUCAUCCCAGUCUGACUGACCCGGGAAACCCAAUGGGCCAUCUUUGAGCAUCUGACAUUAUCUACAUCAUCAAAUGUUGACUGAAGAGCAUCCUGGGAGAAAUCCAAGUGUUUUCUCUGAAUUCAGAAGUGGAGCGAGCUCGACUCCUCUGAUUGUUACGUAUGAUGCAGUUGAACAAUCAUCUCCUCCCUCCCCAAACGGACUUCUAACUUUGUGCCUAAACUUAACUCUGAACAGACAAAUGCAUUGUAAGCUGCAGAUGUUUUUUUGUACAUAUUUUGUAUAUUUAUUAUUGAUUAUCCUUUAUGUUAUUGUCAUUAUAUGUGAAUGGAUGAAAAACCCAGAAAUGACAUUCAGUGUCAUCUGCAGGUUUAAUUUGUGCAGGGCCAGAUAUGUUUCUGUCUCACUUUUACAGCGUAUCACUAUUUACAACAUAACAUUUGUGAUUUCCACUGAGCUCAGGAGGAUUGAUGUUACCACACGUGUGUCAAAAUGACAGAUUUCAUUUGUCCUGUGGUUUGUGUGUGUGAGUAUUGCAGGAGUUUGACCAUUCUGUGAAUGAACAGAUCUCCGAGAAUGUUCCUAACUGUGUGGGCGUCAUCUGUUGUUUCUAUAUUUGUUAUAAAUCCAUGUUAUAGCACUGUUUUAACACAAUGACACAUCUCUUUUCUUCCGGGUGUAAUUUUUGCUCGUCAGACGUAGUCAAAUCUCUUUGCAUGUUUGGGUUUUUAAAUAGAACUUUUUUGUUUUAUUUUCUAAGUUAUGUAACUUAUCUUUUAUACAGAUAUUGUGAAUUUAUCCAUGUCACUCUUUACCAUUUUCAUUCUGAUUUUACACAAAUAUGUAAUAUUUUUGUGCAGAUUUGUUAGACGUAGCCACAUUUCAUGCCCUGAGCAAUACAGUAUUACAGAAUAAAUGUCUUGUUUGCAUAUCACAUUGCUAAUUAAUAAUCAAGAAUAAUCUGAAAUACAGAUAUUGUAACAUGUACAGUGUGUACAGUUUAAAGUAGCCUGCAGGCAUGUGUCAAAAUAAUAAUGUAGCAAUAAAUGUUUCCUUUUUAAAAUA